ACCCCAAAUUUGAGCGUCCAUUUAUUCUCAUUUGCCAACUAGUGGCUUGUUAGUUAUAAUUACUUUAGUAUUCGGAAUACUAACUCUCUUUUUUAUUUUGUGAUUUUUAUGAUUUGAAAUAUGUGAAUAACAAUAAUUAAUUCACAAUUAUUAAAAUGGACGAUGCAUUAUAAAUAAUUUGAUGAAAGUUCUCAUAAGUCUUAAGUUUGCAUCUGAAGACCAUGAAGCUCCUUCGUGUCAUCAGACCUAUACUGAAUCAAGUGAGAAAUGCUGGGGAAAUGAGUUCCGUAAAGCCUCAAGGAAAUGUUGCAAGAACCCGAGAAGAAUUUGUACGAGGUUGGCCACAGCUUGCACAAAAGCAAGAAUACCACUUGAAGAAGUUACGUCAAGGAGUUCCAGUACAUCUCAGUGGAAAAAAUGAUGUUGUCAUGAACUAUGUUCUCUAUGGCGCAUGCAUACUUGCAUCCUUCUCGUACAUGUAUGAGAUGGGAAAAUUAGUGAUGAAGAAGUAACCGACUUUCUUGGACAUGCAAACUUGACAGUAUAAUAUGGACAAUUGGUGGUUUCAUUUAGAUUGAAUUUCGCAGAUUAUUUAACAAUAAAUGCUUUUUAAUUAACUGAAUUGCUUUUGUUGUUUCAAUGUUAUAAUUGGUUCUUAGAUUUCAAUAGGGAUAAUUCGAUACUGAUUAGUUUGGGUGUAUUGCAGUAUUGUGAGGGUUGUGCCCAUAACACGAAGAAGUGUUUCUAGCAAUCAUAUUGCUUGUAGUGGGGUUCUAGUUGACAACAAUAAACAAGAGUUGAUUUUUUGUACUGAUGGAUGACCCAAAGAGCUCUUGCCCUGAAAAUUGCCUGGUAAAGAAUGUGUUAAAGCCAGGUCCUGACGCACCUGUAUGCCAGAAGAUUAAAUAUGCAUUUCUCUGUCCGCCCCAUGGGACAGUUGAAAGGUUUUCUACCAAUGUGCUGCUUCUCUUGUUAUCCUGGGCUGUUCCGUGGUCAAUACUUGGAGAUGAUUGCCUUCCUGGAACUAAUAUUUUUGGAUUGAUUGCUGUUAUAGAUGCCUGUGUUGUUGGGGGUUUCAUUGUUUCAAUCAUUCAUAUUCCACACCUUCCCCCUUUGCCUCCUCUCUUAGGCAUGCUUAUUGCUGGAUUUUGUCUGCGGAAUAUACCAGGAAUAAAUGUUGCCAAAUAUAUUGACCCAAAUUGGUCAUCUGCUUUGAGAUCCAUCGCACUGUCAAUAAUUCUUGUCAAAGCUGGACUGGAAUUGGAUGCUUCAGCUUUAAAGAAGAUGAAAGGAGCUUGUAUCAGAUUGACAGCAUUACCUUGUUUAAUUGAAACUGCUACAUGCGCAAUUACAUGUAGAUUUAUUCUUGGGUUUCCUUGGGAAUGGGGAUUUAUGCUAGGAUUUGUUCUCGCUGCCGUCACACCUGCUGUUAUUGUACCCUCUUUGCUUUCACUCCAAGAACAGGGAUAUGGAACAGAUCAAGGAAUUCCAACACUUGUCAUUGCAGCAUCAAGCUUCGAUGAUGUUUUAGCAAUCAGUGGAUUCAGUGUUGUACUUGGGAUUGCUUUUUCACAAGCUUCCACCUCUCCUAAUACUGAAUCAAUAUCUCUGAAUGAAACCAUCAUAGCAUCAACACUGGCAUCAGCACCAUUAACAACAGAUAUGAUUUCAAAGAUGGAGGCAACCAGUAUACUUGUAACAAAUGGCCAGGAAGCAGGGGAUCUCGUUUGGACAAUUCUUCGUGGACCUGUUGAAAUGAUUGUGGGAAUUGUUGUUGGUAUUCUUAUUGGAUUAAUAUUAUGGUUUCUACCUGCUAAAAUUAAUACUCAUACAGUAAGAGAUCGAGUAUUGUUGGUGAUCAGUUUUGGAAUCCUUGUACUGUUUGGAUCAAGACAAAUCAAAUUUCCCGGUGCUGGCGCAUUAGCUGCUAUUGUUCUCUCAUUUGUUGCUGCAAUUUCAUGGAAAAGUGACAAGGAAAAAGUAUCGGAAUAUGUCGGCAUUCUUUGGGACAUGUUUGAGCCAGUGAUGUUUGGGUUAAUUGGAGCUGAAAUUUCUAUUGAGGCAUUAGAUUCUAGUACGGUAGGAUUGGGUCUAGCUGUACUGUUCAUUGGUCUGUUGACUAGAACUGUGGCAUCAUUUACAGCCGUAUCUGCUGCCGGUUUCACUCUGAAAGAGAAGGUAUUCAUAUGCUUGUCGUGGUUGCCCAAAGCAACAGUUCAGGCUGCGAUCGGCCCAGUUGCACUGGACACUGCCAGAAAGUUAUCCGUGUCACCCGAAAUUGAAGAAUACGCUAGACAAGUUCUCACAAUAGCUGUCUUAUCUAUUCUUAUCACUGCACCGCUUGGUGCGGCUGCCAUCGGACUUUCCGGACCGAAGUUACUACAAAAAGCAGUUGCAUCAUCGGAUUCAGCCGAAGAAGACAGUUUGAAAGGAUCGUCAUUGAGGGGACCACGUCGUCAUUCACUGAAACAUGAAGAAAAUGAAAGCAUCCCGCUUACUGAAAUACAAACUGACAAUUGAUGUUAUAAAAAUAAGCACUUAUUAAUAAACUGAUCCUCGGCCAUUUUUUUAAUUUACAGUGCGUAUUGCCGUAAUCAUGAUUUUCAUGUCCAAAUAAGGACUCUGUUUUUAAUGGUAAUUUUGCCUGCAUCCGCAUUCCGAAAUGUCUGCUUUAUUGUCUAAUUGCUUUACACUGUGCUUCUUCAUAAAAUUGAUCAGCCUAUGUGU